AUGGUUCUCAUCAGUCAUAAUUUGGUUAUUUCUAUUUGUAUUUUAUUGGUUUAUCUUUUUGGAGGCACUGUCAGUUAUAAUUAUGACAUAGGAUACGAUUAUCGGUACAUCUACAAGGCAGAGUCAGUGGUUUUGGGCGAUUUUAGAAUUACUACCAUCGUCAAGUUCUGUGUAAGACCAGUUGAAAGAUUGAAUAAUUCACUGCUGUGUCAACUCCAUGUAGACAGUUUCACCCAGUCUGCUGGUGGAAUAACAAAAACCAAUCCCGUGGGAUGGAACUUCGAUAAUGGAUUCGAGUUUUUAAUUUCUGAGGAUGGUUUGAUUAAAGAAAUAGCACAUCAUCAUGAAGAGAAGACUGACGUAUUGAAUCUAAAAAAGGUUCUUGCCAGCGUACUAUCUGCAAAAGGAAAGCUUGGUCUUAAAAACAAACAAACAUUUGACAACUGGGAACACGACCAUUCUGGUUAUUUGCCACACAACUAUGUCCUUCAGAGCACAAGCUCAGGCUAUAGAGUCCAUAAAUUUCAUGAGAGCACAGACAAAGUGUAUAGAAAACAUGCAAAGACCCUUCAUUAUAGCCAUGGUGGGGUUAUUGAAUAUGUCAGAGCAGAUGAUAAAGUCAUUCUUCAGAACAAAAACAAACUGUCGGAAACAAGACAUUCAGUUCUCGGCGAAAAAGAAAUAGAGGAAGAAAAAAGUGGAGAUGUGAAAGACAUUGAGUCGAACACUUCAACAGAAGUAAGACUUGUCAAGAAAAUAAAACUUGAUAAAGUUGAUGCAUUAUCGCCAUUAGACAAGUACUUGAAAGUUAAAGGCAGCAUUGUUGUGCAAAAGGACAAACGAAAAACGACUGCUUUAUCAGAAGUUGACAACAAUAUUGAAUCAAAUGUAGCAUGCAUUCAGUCCUACAAAGAGGAAGUCAACAGAAACAGAUCGGAUUGUUUUGCAGACCUUGUGCAGAUUAUUAAUCGUCUUCCGGAGGAGGAUUAUGCAAAAUUAGCAACACGCGAGUUUGCUAGGGAAUGCAAAUUAAAUGACACAAGCUGCUCCAGUAGACAAAAUCUAUUCAUAGAUCUUCUAUUCAAAGAAGGACACAAUAUUACACAAAAUCUGAUUAUCAAACACUUCUUAGAAAAGAAAGAUGUCAAUGAAACUGUCAUUUUUCGAAUAUUUUUCCAUAUAGCGGAUAUGAAAAAACCCACAAUGGCUUUAUUAGAAGCUGUGGAAGAGAUAUGCCUCGGUCAAGAUCAUACAAAUAUAGGAUUAAUUGCCAUGACCAAAACCCACAAACAUGCCUGUUUGGCACUUGGGACAUUGAUAAGAAUAUUUCGAAACAAUUCUAAGCAUAAUGAAAAGACAGACCAUCUUCUCGAUUCCCUUCAGAAGUGGUUAUCCCCACACAAUCAAACAAAUUAUAAAGAAAUGUGCAGUAAAAAAAUACCACGCCGAUCAGUGGACAGAUUUGAUGGUGAACUCCAUAAUUACACUUACUCCAAAAUGGUGUUAAUCCAUGCCUUGGGAAACUCCGGAAACGCCAGGGACCACCUCCUGACGUACAUGAGGCCCGGGGAGGGGGACAACAGCUGGAGAAGAGCUGCUAUCAUAGGAAUGAGGCACUUUAACUGCACAGAGAGCUCUGCUGCUUUACUUGACUUGGCCGUCAACGAUGAACACUCCUUAGUUCGACAACAAGCCAUUGAAUAUUUUGAAAAUCAUCCUUUAUCGAAAAGAAGUAUUCCACAGCAUCGAGACAUAAUUUUAAGUCGACACUACACGUAUCAAACCUUGAUGCGAGUUAAGAGAGGUAUUCUUGACGUAAAAUUCAAAGACGGCUUCUUUUUUGCAAUGAGACUUCCUGGUAUACAAUGGAAUAAACAGAUGGGAAAUAGUGCCCUUGGAGCAGGCAUUGGACUUAUUUUGACAAAUGAACUUGAAAUAGAAAUAAAACCACUCAGUGGACACGCCAUGUUGAAUGUCUAUGACGAUGCAUAUGCAAAAGUUAUGAUUGGUUGGCUUGGAAUAGAACAGAAUCUCUUCCGCGCUCACGCCUGCUACAGGGGGCAUGCGGGAUAUGAUAUAAACAUCCUAAAGGACUUUGGAGUCAAUGGCAUACAGGACUUAGCAACAAUAUUCGACAGAAUCGUGAAAAAAGUUGUCGUUCCAAUCAAAAACGCUGUUAAGGCUUUCAAAGACAUUAUUCAGUUAUUUGACAAUGGCGUUGAAUACAUUGUCAACAAGAUUAUUGAGCUGGUGAAAAACUUUCCACUUAUUUUAGAAGGCAUCAUUCAAAAUGUCAUCAAAGCAGUCAUGAAGGUCAUUGAGUAUGGAGGGGUUCCUUGGAUUGACCAAAUAAAGAAGAUAAUUAUUAAAGCCAGAUAUUUUGUAGAAGACGUUAAGGAGGACCUAACAGAGUUUUAUAGUACUAUAGCUGAUGCCAGCACAGUGACCUUGCCCUAUGUUGCCAAGAAGUUGUUUGACUCAGUUGCAACAAUAAUCUCAGCAGUGAAAAAUUUUUUGUCAAAUCCGGUUCAGUCUGCAACGGUCUUUGGAAAAUCUGUACUAGAUAUCAAGCUUGCAAUUGGAAUGUUUCUAGAUGUGAAAAAUAAAGUUGUAGAGAGUUUGUCGUUUCUGAAAGGUGGUACGCCAUUUUGGGUGGACUACUGGGAGGAUUUUAAGGAGAUUUUAGGAGACGUCAAAGACCUACUUGUGCUUCUCUCUGAUAAAAGAGAAAGUCAGUCCACCGAAGAGUUGGAGGAUGAACUUUCCACUGCACUUACUGAUGGCAUUUCAAUGACGAGAGAGCAAACCAAUAUUUUUAUAGAAGCUAUAAAGGAGUCAUUUGGGAACAUAACAACUCAGUUUAAAAACACAUUGGGUGACUUAGUUUCUCCGUUUUUCAAUGCGUUCCACUCUGUUUUGAAUGCAGUCAAAGAAAUCAAGUCUGGAUAUACUUCGGUUAGAGAUAUAUUCAUUAAAACAAAGAAUAUUAUACAAAAGAUUUUUGGCUCCAAAUUCCACAUAACAUUUCCGAAGCGGCGAAGAGUUGAGGACUCUACUUGUGGAGUAGGUGUUUGGCCCACAAAUACGAAUGGGAGAUAUCAAACACUAGGCGUUGAUGUCCGAAUUGGAUACAACGCUGACAUUCGAUGUCCAGUGAAUGGCGAAGUUUUUAGAGAAAAUAACAGAGUACUGAUCUUGCCUACAGAUGAAGAUUUCAUCGAAUUUGAAAUAAUAAUAGAAAAUAUUAUUCCCAAUCCAUCAAUCCCAUUAAACGGUCAAUUUCUCUCAGCGGGUAAAGACAUUAUUGGAAAAGCCGACCAAUCACCUUGCGAUUAUAAUUCCAUUCAUGUAUCUGUGCGGAAAAAGAAUCUGAUAAGAAUGUCAGAUUCUGAGUACGAAUACAUAGACCCGUCUCCGUUUCUGGAUCAUCUGCUUCCCAAUCCAGAAUGGAUCUGGGAAUGCAAAGAUUACACUUACAUUAAUUAUCUAAGUGUUGUUUCUGCUGAUGCCGUUGGAGAAACACUCGAGAAAUUGAAAGAUAAAAUUUCUAGAGCACGCUUCGAAGGAGCUGAAGAUCUUGGGAACGAAUUUCCUCCUGAAGAACCUAAUUAUCGCCCUCCAGAGUUCGAAGUGGCUUCUCCGGAUGAUCCAGUUGCUGUUGGUGCGUGGAACAAGUUCAAGGAAGGAUUCAAGGGUCUCGUUUCAAACUUCAAGGACAUUGCGAAACAGCUUUUCGAUUUUUCAAAUAACAGGACUGGGCCUAAUCUUCUUGAUCUGGUGAAUGUUAAUUCAUAUACACUUGGAAGAAUUAAAGAAUUACUAGGGGAUAAAGUUGCAACUGAAAUGAAAAUUCUAUAUGAGAAACUAACGCAGCUGCGAUCGUCCAUUUCUGCUCAAAAUCUUGAGGGGAUGUCAAUAUCAAACCUCCGGGGUUUACUAUCAGCAUCGUUCAGUACAGCAUCUGGAUCAAAAUCAAACAUGGUAUCAAGAAUUCUCACUAGGACUGAAAAAGAUUGCCCGAUGUUUCUCAACAGACUUCCAAAAGGCCCUGGAAAUGUUUGUUUUGUGCAUCGUACCUGCAAUGAAAUUUCCUGUGCUGUUUUACUUUCCCAUGCCAAUCACAGAAUAAUGGUAACUGCCGAUAUCAAAAUGGAUGGAUGUUUGAAACAAGUAAACGUCACAGCACAGUCAACUUCAGUGGUAAUAAAUUUUCAAGAAGGUGUUGAAAUAGAAGAAAGGGUUCCUGUAGUAAGCGUGUCUAGGUUAAUGUCUGCCAACUUAGUUGUUUCUAUAACAUUUGACUGGUCAACAGCAGUUAUCUCCCUUUCUGCAGAACUCUGUGUAUCUGAUUUCAUUUCUUGCUUGCAUACGGUACCAGUGUUGUUGAACUACGAAGUUGAUUCGACAUGCUCAUCAGACGAUGGAAAUAUCCCUGUUUUGCCUACUAUGGAUAGCAUAACCGUUCAAGAUUUCAUAGCAGAACUCUCUGAAAACCAUCUACUUGAUAAAGAAAUUCUCAAAAUCCUUGACACCAUUAGGGAAGCAAUGAUGGACGAGUUAAUCAACGAUCCGAGGACACUCCUAAAAAUAAUGGGAAAAGAGUUUCAAGAGAAGGUAGACUUCUGCGCAGAGGCAGAGAUCCCAUUUCCUACGAAAGAUUUCGUGUUCGUCGAUGAGGAUGUGGGCCCCUUCAUGGUUGGUCCUGUUCCAUUAUAUUUUGAGUUAGGGGCUGGGGCAUCUGUUGGCCUGAGAAUACAAGUCGGUCUCUGCAUUCUAAGUUUCAAAGCAAGAGUAACACUUAUUCCCUGGUCAGGGGCAAUAGCCUGGGGUGGAGUGGCUGUAAAAUUCUUCAUAUUCAGAGCUGGAAUAAGGCUAAUAGGGUACCUACUUGAGACACGGUUUCCGAUAACAGCAGAAAUAACAUAUAACAAGUUCCCUCUAGAUGUAAAAGGAAGCUUGGAUCUUAUUCUUUAUCCAGUGCGUCUGAAACUGGAGGCAUACUGCGUUCUAGAAAUCAAAAUCUGCUUCUGGAAAUGCUUUAAAAAAACUAUCACAAUUUUCCGAGGAACGCUUUGGACAUACUCCACAAGACCAAUUAAUGGGAAUGUCUUCACAAAUAUAAAAGAUGAGAAAGACACCUCGCCUCCAGAAUUUUCUGCUCCUGGUGUUUCUAAUCAAGGAAAUCGACGAAAAAGAGAAACAACAGAUAAAUGUCUCCUCAGACAAAUUCCAGGGCGAAACCAUAAAGACCCGGCAUAUGAACUACAGUUCGCUGCAGACGAUGAUAAAAGUAAUCUGAAAUUAUAUUAUGCUAUCGGGACACAUCAGGGAGGUACAAAUGUUGUAGAUUUCACAGAAAUGGGUGGAUUUUCUAUGCUAAUUGCAACAAAUGAUUUGCCAAAUGCAAUACCUUUAUAUUGGACUGUAAAAGCAGUCAACAGCCAAGGCACUGAUGCCCGUGUGUAUUGCAUGCUACCUACGUAUGAUAACACAUUGCCAGAUGGGCGAGUAGACCCCUCUUAUAUAUAUAGCUCCCAUCCAAACGUCUUGACUGCUAUCAUAAAUGUAUUUGAGGAUUCUGAACUGAAAAAAGUUCAAAGCCAGGCUGUAGGAUAUAGCUCCGGUAUGUAUGGAAGCGAAAUUGUACCUUGGAAGAAUCUUUCUCUGGAGUUGUCCACACACAGAACAGGAAUUUCAAAUGAUCUGAAACACUUCAGUGUUCCAAAAACUGGCAAACUUACAAGUACACCCUUUACUGUUCAUAUUACGCAUACACCAGAGGACUGUGCAACAAAGUGCAUUAAUUCAGGGAAGAAAUGCGUUUCGUUUGAUUAUGCUUACUUCACAGAAUCUUGUGAACUGCAAACUGUUGUCGAGGGUCCGAGUGCUAAGUUAAGAAAAAGUGGUACAUACAUGAAUUAUGAAAGACUUGGGGUUGGACAUAAUUCCUAUGAAAGAUUUGAGAAUCUUCCCUUGGAACACGGCAUUACGUAUUUUAUCAAUGCCAGGAUAGUUAACGUUCUUGAUUAUGUUGCAUACCUUCAUUCUAUUGGAACAAUGGUCGAUUUUUCUCCACCAAGUACUGGAAAUUUAGGCACAGAAUUUAAUGAAACGUUCUUGGCAGAUAGAUGCAAAGCAUCUGUUGCACAACGCUGUGUCGAAGUAACCUGGAAGGAUAACCACAGAUAUAUAAUUGAUGGGAAAGGGGCAUCAGUUGUAUUCAAUGGACACACGCCCUUGAAGGAUAAAAUGUAUACAAGAUCAAAUCACUAUAUAUCAGUCAAUUUUGACGGCUUUCAUGAUGAUGAAACUGGGAUUUAUCAGUACACGUGGGCUGUUGGAAAAUCAGUUUGUAAUCAAGAUGUAGUUAAUUUUUCUGAUCCACACGAAUUUCUUCACAGCUCUAAACACUGGACACACAGUGGUUAUGAGAAAAAUAUGUUUUUACAGGAUGGACAAUACUUCAUGACAGUCCAGUGCCUUAACAACGUGGUGUUUGGUGGUUCACUGGUUACAACUGUUUGUCACAGCAAUCCCCUCACCGUGGACACAACACCACCUUUCUUUGAUGGAGUUGAACAAAUCUAUUUCGAUGAACACUUCGAUAUGCUUGCGAUAUAUUAUAAAGCUGGUGAUAAUGAGUCUUUACUUAGAAGCGUCGACUUUGGACUUGGGAAAACAAAAUAUGAUGUUCUUGUCAGAAAAUAUUCAUAUCACGAGCCAAUGAACGGGAAAGAUGCUCCGUUCAUUGUCAUUGAAGAGCUGGAUUUAGAGGAGGGAGUUCCGGCUUGGCCUCGAGUGCGAGUUGAUAAUGGCGUGGGCUUAUUUAAAGCUGGCAGUGGUCCUGAGCCCAUUUUGAUUGAUAGAACAUCUCCUGUGGCUGGAAUAGUACUGGAUGGUUAUAUCGUACAUCAUGAUUUGACCUACCAAUCAAACGACGAACAGCUCUGUGCCCAAUGGACAGCCUUUUAUGACCCCGAGUCUGGCAUUGACCAUUUCCGUUGGGGUAUAGGAACCAUUCCUGGAAAAGACAACAUCAUGAAUUUCCGUAAUUUUUCCCACAACACAAGACAUUCCUGUAUUGACAUCGCCCUCCGGCACAAUACACGCUACUUUUCUACUGUCAUAGUCUUCAAUGGAGCCUUAAAUUCCAAAGAUUCUAACAGUACUUCUAAUGGAGUGUUAAUUGACACAACACCCCCACUUUCGGGUUAUGCAGUUGAUGGUCCUGAUUUGUCUGAAGAUAUAUCAUUCUCCUCAGAGACAGCUACUAAAUUUGUAACCUGGGAUAAUUUUUCUGAUCCAGAGUCUGGCAUAGAAAAGUACGCCGUGACGGUCUAUAUAAACGAUGCCAAGAUUAAGACAUUCGAAUCUACAAAAGAGACAACUUUUGUAGAUCAUUCUAUCAGCAUGGAUCACAAAGAUAAAGUUCAUUUCCAAGUUGACAGUUUCAACAAAGCUGGCCUAUCCGAGAAUAUUAUCACAGAUGGAUACAUCAUCGACCAUACGCCCCCAAAUUUGAUAUUCAUUCAAGACAAUAUUCACAAAAGAAGGUAUCAGACAAAUGAAAACCUUCUGAAUCUAAGAUGGCAAUUUGAGGACGAGGAAUCAGGGAUUAAAGAAUAUCGCUAUGCAGUUUUGGAAUCCUUGCAUGGAAUGAAGAAACGUAUUUGGCCAAAGACAGAGACGUUCCUAACUGCUUUUCCCAAUUCCAGCAUGGGUACUACUGCUAUAGAUUUAAAUAAGCAUCUUUUAAUAGGUGCUACUUAUUCAGUUCAUGUGAUAGCAAUAAAUGUAGCACACCUUUCCACAGCACACGAAUCAGAAGGCGUAACCAUAGACCCAACUCCUCCAAUCAUGGUUAAGGUUCACAUAGGUUUGUUAGAUGAGGAUGAGGAAGUUGAGGAUGGAUAUGUGCAGCAUGCUAAUUCACAAUCUAUCAGAGUAAGUUGGAUUGGCGAUGAUCCCGAAAGUCAUAUACAAAAAUUUUAUGUUGCCAUAGGAACAAGUCAGGGUGACGUAAGUGUAACGCAUGGGUAUAUUGACAUGGAAACAAAAACGUCUGCAGAUAUUGAAGCCUCUCUUUCAACCUUUUCUGAAUCUGGUGAAAUAUACUAUGUUGCUGUCAAGGCUGAAAAUGGUGCCGGUAUUCUAUCCUCUCCACUAUAUUCAAAACCAAUAAAGAUCUUGAAAGAAAAUGUACCAGGGGUUAUUUUUGAUGGUCGAGAACCUUUCCAUGAUGAAGAUAAUACAAACGACAGAUUCAGUAUUGCCAUGCAUUUCCAAGGAUUUUCAAGUGAAGCGUGUAACAUUGUUAAAUAUGAAUGGGCGAUCGGAUCAAAACCUUAUUAUUCUGAUAUAAAUGAAUAUACAGAAUAUGGCAUUGUUCACAACAAAACCCAUCGCAAAGCACAAACCCAUGUACAACUGAACGAAAAUCAAGCAUAUCAUGUUACAGUCAGAGCAAAGACGGGCCAUAACUGUCACGAAGAAUUCAUUGUAUCAACAUCAGAUGGAAUAACCACUGACUUUAGCCCUCCUGAAAUUACAAGUAUAGUGCCAGAAAACAAUGAGGGCCACUUUUACGACUCAGAGUCUCAGUGUCUCUUUCAAUCGUACGUCGAUUCUUUCGAAUACAAAUGGAAUGUUACUGAUCAGUCUGAAUUGCAAUUUGAAAAUUAUUCGGUUGGAUUGAAACCACUGACAAAUGAUGUACUGCCUUCAUCUUUAUCUACAGAGUCGAAAAUUCCACCAGGUGUUCUUUCAACGCAAACUGGUGUUGCAUACUUUGUGAAUGUCUUUGCAAAGGAUAACGUUGGAUUUUUAACUUCCUCAACUUCACUGCCAAUUGUUGCAGACAUCUCACCACCGACAAUAAAUAAUCUAACGUGCACAAAUAUAAUAUCUACCAAACAGUCUUCCAUUGAUUGCUCAUGGCAAAUUAUGGAGAAAGAAAGUAAGUUAAAACAAAUAUCUAUCUGUGUUGGAUCCCAAGAAAUUCUGGAAGACGUGAUUCAGAACAUAACACUUCCUACAUAUCAAAGCAAGUGGACUACUGAUGUGAAGAGCUUUUCAAAUUUGAACAAUCUCUCAUAUAUUUAUGUCUCUCUGACUGCAUCAAACGUGAUGGAUCUCUCUUCAACAAAAACGUUUAGAAUUGCAAUCGACUAUACAGCACCAAAUAUAGAAAAAGUAGAAUUCGUCACCUGGACAAACCCUCUUAAGGAACAUGUUAAGCAGAUUUGUCAGCUACCCUGGACUUAUGUAGAUGUUAAUGUGUCUGCUAUAGAGGACAAAGAAUCCGAAAUAGAUAGGGCUGAGAUCUGUUUAGGAAGCGAGCCGGCAACCGACAAUAUCAAGGCAUAUCAAGACAUGGAAAACAAUUAUAUGACCAUUGAUAAUAUCUACGCCUCGGCUGGAACCAAGAUAUACGCCACUGUAAGGGCGUACAACAGAGUUGGACUCCACAGUGUCUUGACGUCGGAACCCAUUAUAGUCAGCCCAGAUCCUAGAAUUGAUGUUCUUGACGGAAAAGGCGACAUAGAUGCUGAUUUCCAAGCAAGUUUAAAUGUAAUUCAAGGGUCAUACCGCUACUCUGACAAUUGUCCGAUAAUAAAGGCUGAAUGGUCGGUAGAGGACCUGACUGGAAAAGUCAUCCAAAAUAACACAGCUGUACCUGGGAAUGGACUUUUUUUCUUCAACGACCAAUUGAUUUUGCAAAAUAAUUAUUUGUACUUUGUUAAAGUAAAAAUUACGGACGCUCUUAAUCGGACAAAAGAGGGAAAAUCCGAUGGUAUUACCGUUAGAAUCCAGCCACCUGUUUCUGGAAUCGUAAGAGAUGGACUUGGUUCAGAGGACAUCAAAUACCAGGAAUCUCUGGCGGAACUUUCAGCAAACUGGGACGCUUUUGGUAAUGAGGCUUCUGGAGAUCCUACACAGAAAAUAGAUCAUUACGAGGUUUCUAUUGGAGAUGAUACAAGAGACCAUAUAACAAGAACUAAUAUACAUUACUUUACAAAUGUCGGGUUAAAUACAAGCUACACAUUUUCGGGUUUAAACCUUACAUCGAAAACUGUGCGGUAUUACAUCACGGUAAGAGGUUAUAGUAUAACUGGGGCCUUCGAAGAAGGCUAUUCCAAUGGAGUUAGAGUUGGAUACCGACUAGACAUAAUACCAGGGCUUAUUGAAACAAAUGACGUACAAUCAAGUACCAGUGAAAUGACAGUUUCAUGGAGUGGAUUCGAUUCCGAUAUAGGUAUCAAGGAAUAUUACACAGCGAUAUCUACCAUACCAGUCUUUAAAAGUAAUAAAACGUAUCCAUGUUCCGAUAUUCAAACAUUUUCUCCUCGGUUUGACAUAGUCUCACCAAAGGAAGUAGGACUGGACACUAUUCAAACUUUUAAAAACCUGUCUCUAAAUCAUGGAAUGUCCUAUUAUGUGACUGUCAUUGCUAGAGAUGAAAUCGGAAUGUGUUCCUCGUCGGAGAGUUUGCCUAUCCUUGUUGAUACUACUGCACCUAUUCGAAGUAAUGUGACCUUCCUCGUGAAUGGUUGGAAUGUAACUGGACGAAAAAAGUUCUUCGUGACAAAUCCAAAUAGAAUAGAAAUAAAACUUCUUGAUUUAGAGGACCCUGAGAGUGGAAUUGAUACAGUUAUUUUUCGUCUAAAUCAAUAUUUGGAUUGUCCAUCUUCUGGAACUCAGUCAUCAUCCUCUCAUGUGGUGAAAGAAACGGUCGCUAAAAACGACACAAAGGUGAACAUGAUAAGUUUAAGUUUAGAAUCUAAGAGAUAUUAUUACAUUGACGUAACAGCAAACAACAAUGCUGGUCUGGAAUCGCACUUGGUAAGUCCAGUAAUGCUAUUCGAUACUGGAUCACCACAUGAAGGAUCAGCCAUUAUUGGAAAUAACUGGGGAGAGAAGACAUCGUAUCAAUCUUCGACAUCAAGAAUCACAGCUUUGACAGCAAUUGCAAGAACAGAAGAUGUAUACGUAUGUGAUAAUACGAAAACAUUCUUCCCUUCGGAAGAGAACCUAGCAUGGAUCCCUUUAUCAGGAGAUUUCUCGACACAAAAUGUGAUAAGAGAAAAAUAUAGAUGGAUUUUCAAUGUAGGAUAUAACACCCCCUUGACAAAAGUCCUGAAAAGUGGAAUUUCACGCUGGAUGGGAGCAUUACAAGAAGGAGUAUAUUCAAGUACAUUAUCGGCAGCAAAAGGAAAGAACAUCUCUACUGCACUGAUCAUAUCAAGUUCAAAAGAUAAUCCAUAUUUUCCUUUAAAAUUUACACGACCACAACCAAGCAACUUUGACAGAGUCAGCUUCAAUUUUUCUGGAACAGAACAUGAAAUGUCGAAUUAUUCAUAUUCUUCCAGCUCUACCGAAAAUCCGACAUCAGCAAGGCCAUUGGCUAGCUCUACUCUUGAUGUCAUGGUUUCUGUUACCGGACCUUCCUAUGAAACUCUCAAUACAGAUGCGUCCAAUGGCUUCGGUUUUCAAGUAUUAGGUGAUCAACAAAAUGGAAGUAAGGGAUGGGAUGUUUUGUUCUGGGCAAAAGGUAAUAAUGAAGAAUUUCAUAGGUGGACCCAAAUAGACAAUGACCCAUCUGAAAAUCAGCAAAAAUACAGUAUUCGCACGAAGAGAAGGAAUUCUGAAAACAAAAUAGUGUGGGACUUGGAAUUCUCCAUUAAUGGAGAUAUUAAGGCAAAUAUUUAUGGGCUUUCAUUUGAUGCCAUCGACUUAAGCAUUUUCGUCCAAACAUGGAAUUUUGAAGACUAUGAGGAACCAAUAACUGACCCAAUUCAUCCGUAUCGGUCUCAGGCUGUACUAUCAAAAUUGAAAAUACCUACUAAUGCAACAAUGGACUGCUUAAUUGGAAAAGGUUUUUAUGAUGGUGAAAGUGGGAUUUCCGAAAUAUGGACUGGGAUUUCUGAUAACAUAGAGAGUUACGGAAAUGUCAGGAAAAUGGAAUUGCAUAAAAAGAUGUGUACACCUUGCUUAUUCAAUUGCAAUUUCAGUUGUGAUGUAAACUGUUCACUCUCUGACAAAAGUCUCUCGGAAUUUGAGAUAAUUCCUCUCACGUUAGACAAUCUAGAUCUGAAGACAACAAUUGUCUCCAACGAUGGUUUAAACGCAAGUGUUAAGACGGAAAUCGUUAACAUGACCGAAUAUUAUGUUAACGUGAAGAUGGUUAACUUUGCUGGACAGGCAGUUUCAACUAUUACAAAUCCAGUUAUCGUCGACAAAACACCACCUGUUUGUGAAUAUAUUCGUUGUUUGGACCCUGACGUAACAGGGAUGGAUGCACCGACAGACAAACUGGGAUCUAAUAAGACCAUUGGAGCGUACUGGUUGUGUGAAGAUAAUAUAAGUGGAAUUAAAAAAGCCUAUGUUAAGGUGGGAACGGAAACGACUGAUAGUGGACACAGAGAAGACGAAAAUAUGGCAUCGGAAAAAGAUAUAGGAGCUGUUUCCAAAAUCAAAAUAUCUCUGGAUGAUAAUGUUUACUUUGAAGACAGGAAAACGUAUUUUGUCAACCUCGUUAUAUUUAAUGGUGCCGGCCUUUCCACAGUUUAUAGUUGCAAUGUAUCGACAAUUCUUACUCCACCAGACGUUUCCGAUGUAGAUUCGAACAUUUUGCUUUCAUCUGAGAGAGAUCAAACGACAGGGACAGUUUUUGCAGACUCUUUAGAUCGGUUUGGAAUUAGCUGGAACAACAGAGGAAAUGAUACCGAUUACUACAAGUGGCAAAUGGGGACAUAUGAAGGAGGGGGAGACAUUAUACCACCAACUAUAAUAGGUCUUACAAGAGAAGGGACUGCAGAAGUUAUUAGCGGUGAACUGUGGUUGAACGGCAAUAAAACUGGUAAAUCUUUAGCAGCUCUCGACCCAGGAACUUGGGGAAACUUAACUGAAUCAGAAAUAAACAAAACAGAAAGCGACUUCCGCUUCCGGAUGGAACCUGGACGAUGCGUGUUUCUGUCUCUAAUUGCUGUUGGAUAUUCCAGUUUGGAGGCAAAUAUUUCAUCCCAAAGAAUGUGUUUUAAGCGGAAGAACAAUGACUUGUUUUUGAAUAAUCAACAUAAUAAUAUAACAACAGUUGCAUGGCUAUCUAAUGACAGAUUUGAGGAAAUACCACAGAUAAAUGGAAAUGAAGCAAUUGUUAUAAGUAUUACAGGUCAAAUAACUGGCGUUUCCGUUGGUUCUUUAUCCGAGUCCGACCUGCAAGCAGAGUAUGGAACAGCUUCGUCCUUUGAAUUCAGAUCUUACCUUACCAAUCCAAAUACCACAAACUGGCCAUCAAGACGUGAAAUUCGAAAUAGGAUUGUGAAACCUCUUGAAGUCAACUUUUUCAUUGCACCAACCCCUACCAUAGAUAUGGAAUUUAUUGAUGUUGACAUCAGAAUACAAUUGAAUGAUUUUGAUAAUUCUACAGUUCCUGCUCUUUUAAUUUGGGAUGCGUACACCUUCAACUCAGAUACAAAAAGGCACGGUAUAUGGCGACACGUAGGGGAAAACUGUGGAGGAGAUAUAACAGAUCCAACAAUAGAAGGAAAUAUUUAUAAAGCAAAGAUAUGCCAAGAGACAUUCCAGAUGUUAACAAGACGUAAAAGAUCUCCUGCAGUAACAGUCACAAACCCUUACCAAUUUACACUAGUGGUCAUGAAUGUGUCCUUUUAUAAUUCACCACCUGAAGUCGAUAUCGAUACUAUUUUGACAACGGAAGAUACACCGAUCAUUGAUUUCCAAAUACCUUACCAUGAUGAUGAAAUGGAUUCUGUUCAAUUUUAUCUUCUUCAAAAUUCUGAUAUUGGAUUUGCAAAUCUGACUUUGAAUGGUAGCUUGACCUAUUACCCUAAACCAGAUUUCUUUGGCAAGGAUAGCAUUAGGAUUACACUAACAGACAAUGCAAAAUAUCCAGCAACGACCGAGAAAAUCAUUUGGAUUAAAGUCAAUGAAGUAAAUGACAUGCCGAUGUUUGGUUUUCAUCAUAAUUACACUUCAUAUGACGUAAAGGAAAAUAAAAGUUUAACCCUAAUUUUCGAAGGCAAUUCGACAUCCAAUUACCUGUUUGACUUUGGCUUUGCAGAUGUUGAUGAGAAUGAAACUCUUUCUUUCAUAUCAAGCCUAACUAACACCAAAGAUGUCAAUAUAACCACAACGAGCACCGAUAAUGCAUGGUUCCUAAAUGACACAUUUGGUCAUAAAGAGAUGAAGACAAAACAAGGAUAUGCAGCAGAAAUGGCUAUCAAUAAAAACUUCCACGGUGACUUCUAUUACUACAUUCUUGGUUUUGAUAGUCACAGCUAUUAUACCGAGCGUUUGGAGACACAUAUUUUCAUCCUUUGGUCUCCCUGUGUCUAUGGCGUUUGUUCCCCUAAAUUCAACACCUCUCCAUCUUGCCAAGACAUUUCCAGAGCUGAUUCUUUUGAUUUUUAUAAAUGCCUAUGUGAUCCCGGUUACUCGGGUAUGUGGUGUGAAAAUGAAAUUAAUGAGUGUCAGCAACAACCGUGCGGGGAUCUCUUCAACUGUGAAGACAAAAUCAACAGUUAUGAAUGUGUCAUCAAACCAGAAGCUCUGGUCUCUUUGAUUGUUGCUGCAAUAUUGUUCAUAAUUCUGGUUGUCAUCUUGUAUCGAUUCUUCAGGUGCAAAACAAAGCCAUACAGGGUAACAACUCCUUUGUCACCGGAUGAAGAUGAAUCAUUUGAUGACUUUGACACCAACACUGCUAAAUUAAUUGAAUACAAGAAUUCAGCGCCAAUUGCCACUGACUGCAAAUUUCAAAACACCGAGAAUAAAAUGCCACCGUAUAGUUCUUUCAUAACAUCACAGGAAACUUCAAGAAAAGGAUCAUUCACAUUCAUUGGGGAUAACAAUGGUCAAGAUUACAAGAAAAACAUUGAAGGAAAUGAUUUUAGAAGCACCGGUCAUACAGAUAAUUUGUACACUAAUAAGAAGCUGUUAUACCAAGAAAAACCUUUCUAUGCAAAGAUAUUGCAAAAUUCAGAAAAGAAGAAACCAAUGAAAAGGGUUCCAUUUUUGUAUCCAUCUGAGCACGACAAUGCUGCUUACUCGCCAGACAUCUCUGAAAAUGAUUCCUCGGAUGACGAACAAUUUGGCCCAUUUCAUUCAGCGCAAAAUAAUCUGGCAAAGGUAUUAAACUCUGAAAAAUCGCAGUUCAAAUCUGGCUCAAAGGAGACUUUUUGCUUUCAAAAUUUAGCAUAUUUUGAACCUUCGACUCCAAAGGUAGAAAUCCAAAGAAACAUGAAUUUCCCGGGAGCUGUCGGUUAUGCUAAGAAUAGAAGUCCUACCUUUGAAACAUGUCUGCAUAAAACUGAAAUUGACGAAAGUCCCACAGUGCCAAAAUCAGAUAAAACAUGCGGUCUGGAAAAGAUAAAAGAUUCUGAGAAAUUGCAGUCCAAACCGAGCCCAAAGGAAACCUUUUGCUUUCAGAACUUAGCUUAUUCUGAUCCUUCGACUCCAAAAGUAGAAAUCCAAAGAAAUACGCAUUUCCAGGGAGCUGUCGGUUACGGUAAGAAUAGAAGUCCUACCAUAGAAACAUGUCUGCAUAAAACUGAAAUUGACGAAAGCCCCCUAGUGACCAAAUCAGGCGAAUCACGCAUUCUGGAAACUGCUGAAAAUGCUUCGAUUAACAAUGGACAAGAAACGGAAAGGCGCGAAUCAUAUGAUGAUAUAGGCAGCUCGAAGCCUACAGAAGUUUUCCCACGAUUUACAAAAGGUUUGGCAGCCGCUAAAAAUUUUACCACUCCGAGUACUAUUGCGCCUACUAUCCUUCGCGUUGCAUCACCAGAGGAAUGCCCAGUUGCACAGAUGUCUGAUAGUGAUGAAGAAAUAGAUAGAUAUAUGACAUCUACACCUAUCGGAAUCUCCAUAGACGACAUGUUUUGAUCACUGAGAGGGUGUGAAAAAAUUUAUUUUAGUAACAUUUGAAGCAGUAAUCUUCACCACUUUUUAAUCGAAAGUUAAAGACAACGCGCUGUUGAAUGCUAAUCGCUUGAUUGUUAUAUUCUUUUAUCAUAUGAAAUUAAUUCUCUCUUCACAAUUGUCGAAGUGUGUUUGUAUCAAAACAGUUUUACUUUGUUUCACUGUUUUUUUUUCUUUUUGUUCUACCGAAUUAAAUCUUACUUUGAUCUUUAA